CACGUUCCCGACGCGGUUGUGGAAGCGGUGAAGGACCCAGAGGCACGCGCAUUCCCGUCUAUAAAAACCACCCGACCCGACCGACCCAUCCGUCCAUCCCGUCUCGCCCAAAUCCCCCAACCCGACGCAGCCAAGGCUCCCCUGCUCCGCCUCCGGUCGCAAGGGAGGAGGAGAAGAUGAGCUACUACGGCCAGCAGCCCCCCGUCGGCGUCCCGCCGCAGCAAGGCUACCCGGGGAAGGACGGCUACCCACCGCCGGGGUACCCUCCGGCCGGCUACCCCCCGCCGGCGCAGGGCUACCCACCUGCGGGGUACCCGCAGCAGGGCUACCCGCAGCAGGGCUACCCGCCGCCGUACGCGCAGCAGCCGCCGCCCCGGCAGCAGCAGAGCAGCGGGCCUUCCUUCAUGGAGGGAUGCUUGGCUGCCCUCUGCUGCUGCUGCCUCCUGGACGCCUGCUUCUGAGAGGGACGACGCCGGAUCCAACAAGGCGGCAAGGAAGAAGUGGAACUCAUACUGUGCUUGAAAUGCUAGUGCGCUGCUAGCUUUCUUGCUCUGCAUUAUGGAUCUUUUUUUUCUCUCCUUUUAUGAACCCCCUGCAAUGGGACUAUUAGUACUCGGUUGGUGCUGAUGAGUCACUAGGUUCGUGUGUAUUCUGUUGAUUUAUAUGCUUCUGGUGGAAUUCAACCCGGGAUUGUGGAGUGCAA